AUGCCCCCAGCCGAGAGCGAUGAGGAGGCCGACGAAAUGGUCGAUACGCUGGAGGACUUGAUCUUGGAGGCCUAUAACAACAUGCAGAUUGACGGAGAGUAUAUUUUCCUACCGGGCGAUGUGGCAGAAAAGCUUCAUCGAGUUGCCGAGCAGAUGAAGAUCCAGGAGAGUGGCGAGGAGGAGCACACAGUGAGCAACUCAAGUGCAGGCGAGGAUAGCAGCAGCGGGGAUGCUACUGCUCGCAUGGCUGAGUUGGUGGAGGAAAAGAUGCCACAGCUGGAAACCACUACAGAUUGGCCAGAACCUGAACAGGAAAAGGAACAGGAACACGAACACGAACCAGAUCAGGAAAUGGAAAAGCUUGAUAUACAGGAACAGCAUAUGGGCGAGUGUGAGGAGGCAAGGUUACGCAAGGUGCACGCGUUGCAGAUAGAGGCGGCUAAAUUACGCGAAGAGAAGCACAAGCGACAGAUUCCUCGAGCGGAAUCCUCGGAGAAUAUCUUUACGGAGCUCGCCCCAGUGCCGGAAAUAGAUGAAAGCGCUUCGAGUGGACCGCCGUCACCUUCGCCACCGCAUUCUCGCUCGCACAGUGGUUCAAAUACGCCAAAGCCGAGGCCAAACACACCAGCUAGAGGGCACGGACACUUCCCCCCACCCCCGCUCAUUUCGUUAAGCUCUACACCGAGUAGCGUCGCUGCGAGCCCAGACCAAACAGGGAAAUCACCAGCAUCCAGAGCGGACCAGUCAGGUGAUAGCAAAAGUAAGGGCAAAGUCGAAACUUAUGAAAAAAGGAGGGAGGCUGCGCUCAAGCUGAAAGAAGACAAAAAGAAGCGGGAGCUACGCAUUCGUGAAUCUGCGCGAAAACAGCGCGAAAACUCAAAGCGGCAGCUGGAAAAAGUACAUCAGCGAGAGAUGGAGGAAAAGCGUGAGCGUGUUCGCCGUAUCCGAGAAGAGAGGAUUCACCGGCGUUCGGAGACAGCUGCCGGUACUAAAGGGGCAAAAAAGGAGGGGUAA